AUGGCGCUGCCGCCGCUUUAUUUCUUGACCGAAAAGGUGUUUGGUGACACAGGUCGCACACCACACAAACAUGCAGGAUUGUGGGGUGUGGGUGAGGUCGGCGAAACUCGAAGUCGAACUGAAGAUGGGGCUCUCUGCCGUGUCGCCAACAUCGACCUUCAAGGCGAGGGCAUCGCACCUGCCUCCGUCCUGGAGUUCUGUGAACGGUACGCUGCCACACGUGACGGAUUUGAAACGGAACUCAUUUUCGAGCAACUACCCGACGACACCAAUGUCGGUACUACUGGUACUGGUACGACGAGUGGUGCUGCGGUUGCGGUGACGGCCGGGUUGACAGAGACUGGACGCGUGGAUGGCGAGCGGCCAAGUGAAAGUACGGAGUUGACGACGAUUGUCACCGAGUCGGUCACCGGUGUGGUAACUGAGCCGGUGACAGAUCGUCUGGUGUCUGCACCGGCAACGGUCGUCGGUCCUGCUGAGUUGCACAUGAAGGACCGUGGCGCGAUUACGGCCUUAACUUUGCGUGGACAGAGCCAGAAGACACGCCUGACGCCGCCGAACACUUAUCUGGAGGUGCGGGUUCGUGCAGUGGGUCUGAACUUCCGCGACGUAUUGAACGUUAUGGACCUCUACCCUGGUGACCCGGGCCCUCCGGGCAGUGACUUUGCAGGCACCGUCACACAGGUUGGUCCGGACGUGAAACAUGUGAAGGUGGGCGACCAUGUCUUUGGUAUUGCGCCGGGUUGCCUGAAGACGUACGCCUUAACUGACAGUCUGCUCACCACUCGAAUGCCCGCCGGCUUCACUUUCGAAGAAUGCGCGGCCAUGCCCGUUAUAGGUGUCACUGUGGAACACGCACUGGGAACACUGGCCGGUGUCAAGAGAGGCGACGUGGUACUCGUGCAUGCCGUGACCGGCGGCGUCGGGCUUGUGGCGUUGCGUUAUUGUCUGCAGGUCGGUGCAGAGGUGAUCGGAACUUGCUCCAGCGAGAUGAAACAGAAAUAUGCGCGAGAGGCUGGUGCCAGUUGUGUAGCGGACUCAAGAAAUGCAGAUAGCUUCCGACGUACGGUAGCUAACUAUCUUGGCGACCGGAAAGUGGAUGUGGUGCUGAACUCGUUCAUUGAGGACUUCAUUACGCACUCGGUCGAUUUCCUGAAGGAGGACGGUUUCUUCAUUGAGUUGGGUAAACGGGAGCUGUGGAGCGUUGAGCAGAUGCAGGCGGCGAAGCCGGGUGUGCACUACCACCGUGUACAAGUGGACGUGGAUAUGGAGAAGAAUCCUGCUUGGUUCCAGAACGCCCUAACGAAGCUGAGAGACUCGAUGGCCGAGGAACGUCUGGUGCCACCUCCGUUGGAGCUGUACAAUUUGUACCACCGCGAGCGGCACGGUGUGGCAGCAUUCCAGCAGUUGCAAAAAGCGAAGCAUAUUGGCAAGGUGGUGGUCUCGAUCCCCUCGGUUUUCGGUCGGGUUGACGACUGUGCUUCCAGUCGGCCUGAGAGACAGGCGAUACUGAUUACCGGAGGUUUUGGCGGCAUUGGACUUACUGUGGCUCGUUGGUUAGCAGAAGAGGGCGCAACCGAUCUUGUGUUGGUCUCGAGGUCUGGUAAACCAAACACGGAAAUGGCUAAGCAAGAAAGCUGGAGGCGACUGAGUGAGUUGGAAAGGUUGGGUGCAGUGAGGAUACAUGCCGUGGCAGCAGCUGCUGAGGAUAGUGAAGCACUCAUGGCCGCGCUUGCUGGGUUGAAGGAGCAAUUGCCGAGACUGCGUUUCGUUUUCCAUUGUGCAGGAGUGUUGGAUGACAAACUUGUCGAACAGCAAGACUUGGAAUCGGUGAAGACGGUAAUGAACCCGAAGAUAAAGUCAGUCUACAUGCUAAGUCGAGCACUGGAGAAGACGCGACUGGAUAGACAAGUNGAGCUGUUCAUCUGNUUCUCAUCCUUCUCUGCACGUUUUGGGAACUACGGUCAAACUAACUAUGCUGCGGCUAACUGCGGACUGGACGCGUUUGCGGCGUACCGCACACGUCGUGGCAAGAAGACCGUCAGCAUACAGUGGGGGCCGUGGAUUGAGCAGGGCAUGGCCGCGAAGUUGGCCUCGCAUCUGGCUUCGGUUGGCAUGAAGGGUAUUACGAACGAAGUUGGCCUGGCGGUGUUGCACGACGCAGUCAUAAAGUCUGUUAAUACGCAGUGUGUCGAUGUCUUCCCCACCGUGACAUGCGUGCAGGCCUUUGACUGGGAUCUGUUCUUCGACAGGUAUAGUGAACGGCCGCCCGUCUUGAGCGAAAUCGCGACCCAAGCAGACGCCUCGGGACUGAACAAGGCCGCACGCGACAAACUUGUAGCCAUGGCGCCAGAGGAACGCGUGAAGUUUGUGCACAAUGUAGUGGCCGACACGGCUCGACAGAUCCUGGGCACCGCCGAAAUGCCGAGCAUGGACAGUCCGCUGCAAGAGCUCGGUAUCGACUCACUCGGUGCAGUGGAGUUCCGGAAUGCGCUGCAGCUAAAGCUCGGAGUGAAACUGCCGGUGACGGCGCUGUUCGAUUAUCCCACAUUGGGCGCGAUCAACACGUUCCUGUUCAAGGAGAUCGAUGCCAUGGUUGCAGCUUCUGGCGGCGGGGUGGUCGCGGUGGCUACGGCUACUGGUGCGCCCACUGCGGGCUUGGGAGGCGUCGCGAGUGAUCGUUUCGAGCGACUGGCGGUGGUCGGAAUGGCCUGCAGAUUCCCGAGUUAUUGUCGCUCACCGGCAUCGUACUGGGAUAUGUUACUGAGCGGUCGAGACUGCAUGGUUGAGGUGCCUUUCGAUCGUUGGAGUGUGGACACAGUGUUCGAUCCGGACCCUGAUGUGCGUGGUAAGUGUUACGUGGCACAGGCUGGCUUCAUGGCCGACGUGGAAUUAUUUGAUCAUCGUUUCUUCAACAUUUCGGCUGCGGAGGUAGCUUGUUUAGACCCUCAACAACGGCAGACUCUGGAAACAAGCUACGAGGCCUUUGUCGACGCGGGAUUCAAUCGUACCACGUUGGCUGGACAGAGCUUGGGGGUGUACAUAGGUUGCUGUAAUACGGACUGGCACUUUGUGGAUGCGACCGCUAACAGCGAGAAGGUUACAACUUUCUCUUCUUCGGGAGGUGCUACUUCCUUGAUUGCGAACCGUGUAUCGUACGCCCUUGGAUUAACCGGUCCGUCCCAUACAGUGGACACGGCGUGUUCAUCGUCGUUGGUGGCGGCUGACAACGCGUUUUACGCACUCCGUGGUGGUGCCUGUGAGGGCGCUCUGGUAGGAGGUGUGAACUGCAUGGUCACGCCACACCUGUUUGUUCUUCUGGGGAAGUCGCGUAUGCUGUCGCCUACUGGUCGCUGCUACACGUUCGAUGCGAGAGCUGACGGUUACGCGCGCGGUGAAGGCGUCGGUGCCCUUGUGUUGUUGCCCGUUUCGAAAGCGAAGGCCCUUGGUCUCGCGGCGUACGCACUGGUUGCCGGUUCUGGUGCAAAUCACAACGGCCGCAGUGCCUCCGUGACGGCGCCUAAUGGGCCGGCGCAGCAGGAUGUGAUUCGGCAAGCCAUGCGCCAGGCUGGCGUCGAACCCGGGCUUGUGAGGUACGUAGAGGCACACGGAACGGGCACCGCCCUGGGAGACCCCAUAGAAGUAAACGCACUGAAGGGCGUCUUCGCCCACGCCGUAAGCAAUCGAGAGCCACUCAUCGUGGGCGCUGUCAAGACAAACAUCGGACAUCUGGAGGGUGCCGCGGGCGUCGCAGGACUUAUCAAACUCGUUCUCGCUCUCCAUCAACGUCAAGUCCCACCCAACCUAAACUUUCAGACAUUGAACCCCCAUCUUGACCUGUCCGGCUUCAACAUCGCCUUCCCGUACAAGACUAAAGCUCUGCUGCCCACGGAAGGAGUGAUUGCUGGUGGAGUUUCGUCAUUCGGGUUCGGCGGAGCUAACGCACACACUCUUGCCCUCUCCGUGGACGCUGAACCGGACCUCGCCCGCAAACCAGACCUACCCGGACGGACUGAAGGAAGGGCCCUGGAUACGCAAGUCCGAACCCAAGUCGGUGUUCAGGCCUUUGGAGGACGUCGACUGUGCUUCGUGUUUGCUGGUCAAGGUUCGCAGUAUGCGGGCAUGGGCAAGUCGUUGCAGAGCGAAGGUUGUGAGGCGGCGCAGAAGGUCUUCGCAGAGGCGGAGCGUGUUUCGGAGGCUGAGGAUUUGUUCGGCAUUGGUGAGGGCGCGUGGGUGCGUAUUAGUGAAGUGCUGUGGGGUUCGAGGUCGACCGAGAUUGAUCAGACACGGUUUGCGCAGGUGGCUGUGUUUGUGCACCAAGUAGCCCUGUUUGAAGAAUUGAGACAUCGUGGGCUGCGACCUCAGGUCGUGCUCGGACACUCUUUGGGUGAGUUCGCCGCCACCGUGGCUGCUGGAGUCUUCGAUUUCGAGACGGCGCUGAGGCUGGUUGCGCUACGUGCACGAGAGAUGGCAUCCCUCGACCCCGCCGGCGGCGAAAUGCACGCGUGCCGCGCAAGUGCGGUGAACGCACGCACUGUGAUCGCCGAUCUCGGUCUUGCACACACGUGUGCUCUCGCCGCUGAAAACGGGCCCAAUAGUAUCACGCUCUCCGGAACGGCUGCUGCCGUGCGGAAGGUGCUCGAAACACUCAAAACCACAAGCAAGAAACUGGACACUUCGCACGCCUUCCACUCUCCUCUCAUCGCGACUGCGACUGAUACCUUGCGUCCAAGCUUCGAGCAAAUUCUAACUGGACGGAAAGAAGUACGGGUCGAGGGUUCGACCGGCUCAAGCGACCUGCCGGUGUUCGUGUCGACGGUGCGGGGAACCGUGGUGGACGCGGCAGAGUUGGCGAGCACGGAGUACUGGAUGGCUCACAUCCUGCAGCCGGUGCUGUUUAGUCAGGCAGUGUCGAGUGCAAGCGCGGACGGCAAGUGCGCUGUCUUCUUGGAAGUCGCCCCGAGGGCUGUGCUGAGCAAGGUGGUGAAGCCAUGUUUGCCACGGGCGAGUGCGGGCGACACGAAGAUCUUGGCGGCGUUGGAUCCCGCGCAAGACGCAAGUGAGCCGGCACAGAUAAAGGCUAUUGCCGCCGCGGCAUUCGUGGCGCACACACAUGUGUGGAACCAUGUUCGCAGCCACUGGGGUUAUAGCGGACAUCCAUUCUUGGGCGACUGGCGAGGUGUGCAGCGCCAGACUGUAACCGACCCACGUGGUUUGAGUGUGAUACAGCUCAGUCUCGAGCACACGCUCGAUCAAGAAGCGCUCGACUACGUCAAUGACCACGUCGUCUCAGGUAUGUGUCUCAUGCCGGGAGCCGGCAUUGCCGAAAUGGCCGUGGUCGCAGCCGCUCGGCACCUCAAUUCUUCCUUCUCACAAGACCCACUCAAACUCGGCCCGCAAUGGCUUAGUCUCCGCUCGGUCCAGUUCCUUACGCCCAUGGUCGUCCCUGCCCGCGUCACAGAUGCCUUCCGCGUCCGACUCACCCGCAGCCAAGGCGGCAGCGGGGAUCGAACCGGUGACCUGGUGAUUUCGAGUUCCGCAUUCCAAGAUGACUUUGUCCACAACGCGACAGCAUCAGGCUGCGCAACCAUGGAACCGCCCACGGAAGCGACGUGCCCCAUCGGCGAGGCGCAGGAGAGACUAGCGAAUCUGCAGUCUCAGUUCCCGCAGGAAGUGGACGUGGCACAGCAUUACACCACGUUGGUGAACGUGGGACUGAACUACGGACCGCGUUUCCAGACACUGAAGGCACUACACGUGGGGGACGGCGAAGCCGUCCUCGCCCAGUUGCAUUCUCAUGCCUACUACCAACGGACGUCGGGUGCGGCCAGGACCGCUCCCAGUCUCAUGGAGAUGGCCUUCCGUACGGCGCCUGGAGUUCUUGAUGGUGCCUUCCAGGCCGUUGCGGCUGUGCUUGCACGUGCCGGAGUGCGUCAGGGUAUGGUGCCCGUGCUGCUCGAAGAUGUCUCCGUGGGUCGUGUCUCUGCUGGAUGUGUAUUGCACUGUCACGCGGUGCUUACAAAACGUACGGCACGCACCGCAAUCGUUGCGCUCCGUCUAUUCAACCAGUGGGGCCGGCUCGUUGCGCGUUUUGGCGGAGUAACACUCAAGGCCGUGGAUGCCGCCCCUGUGCAGUUCCCGCGAGAGCUGUACUGGAAUACCGUCUGGAUGAGAGUGGACCAACUGACGGACGAAGAUGAUGAUGGGGAGCAUGAUGAUGGGGAGCAUGAUGAAGACCAAGAACAAGGCAAAGGCAAGCAGGCACAGGGCGGGACCCGGAACCUGGAAGGGGAGACGGUUGUCUCCGAUACUGGCGCUGAGGGCGAAGGGGUUGUUGAAAAUUUGAUGAAGGUCGCAGGUUCGGUUCUCGCGGGAGACUGGUUGUUUGUGGGCAGCAGUGGGGUUGCGGAGUUGGACAAGGCAGAGAGGAUGUUGGAAGGCGCGGUACGUGUGACGCAUCGGGCGCCGCCGAAGAACGACACGGAGGCAGACAUUGUAUUGCGUGAGCGACCGUGGACGGCAGUGUUUCAACUGAAUGGGUGCUGUACGAGUGAAGGGUAUGACGAGUGCGCGGUGUUGGGUGACGCUCUGAUGCUUUUCAAGGCGUACGGACGGUUGUUCCAGAAUGCAGAGAAGGAUGUUGCGUUGCCGUUGCUCGCGGUCGCGACGGUUGCGGCUUGGGCGGUGCCAGCUCUUGGACGUUCUGGACGUUGCGUAGGUGGAGGUGGACAAUAUGAUGUCGCGUGA